AGAAAAAUGGGUUCUGAAUCUACUGUUCUUUCAAUGUAGGGAACACUUGAUGAGAGGACGCCUUUUCAUAGUGCAGAUCAACAAUUGUUCUGCACUAUGUCAUCUUAGAGGAUCAUUAGAGUAGAGAAUUUAAGCAAUUUAUCUAGGGUCAAACAGCCUGAAUGUGUAAGAGGUGGGGCUUGAUCCUGUAUCUUCCUGACUCUGAGGCUAGGGUCCUCACAUUCCAUCACUUCUUCAGGCUCACACAAACAUACAGUAUUACUUUUUCUACUCCUUCUUCAUCUUCUCUUCCUCGUCUAUGAUCUGGUGACAUGAUAGCCACUCAAAUACUUGCUGACUAUUUUGCACUUUCAGACUUUCUUUCUUAUAAAGAUGCCCCGUAAAUUUAGUUGUGAUCAUGAAUCCUUGCCAGCUUGCUAGCUCUCUUUUCCUAAUCUAACUUCAAAUUUGCCAUCCCAGUCCAGGCUUCAUUUCCAUUAUCUAGAAGUUUUCUCUAGGAUUCUUUCCUCUCCCCUCUGACCUUUUCCCCACCCCCAUCUCACUUUUUUUCAUAAUGUCCAAUUAGCUAACACCACAGAAGGGUGGACAUGGGCAGAUGAGGGGGUGGGUGUGUUCAGCCCCUAUAGUCUGUGACCCAGAGAAAUAGGAGUGACAUCACCUGAAACAAUAAAAGGGCUUCUUUUAGUGCUUGGAAGACCUAUAUAUAAAAGUCACAUUUAAGGGUCUUUCAGUUUAAUUCAACAGCCUCCUCAAGUUUACUCAGCAUUAGCAGAGCAUCAGCUGCUAAGCCGAGUCCUCUGAAGAAGAACUCAGAUAUUCCUGGGUGAGUAGAAUUUAUUUUCUGUGGACUCAUUAAAUGAUUUGAUCAUCAGGCAAUAACUUAGGUGGUACAAUUUCUUUCCAAUGUCAUGAUGCCUUCGGAUGUAAACUAGCCAAACAGAAAAUAUUGCCAAGCAAAAGAAAGCCUUUGAAAGCAAUUCAAUUAUGUCUUUUGAGAUGACAGAUUUUUUCUUAAUGCAGUAAUCUAAAAUCUAUGAGCAUUUGGCAUGAAGUAUGUUCCUUGAAUGAAAUUAGAAAAUGAAGUAUUCCUUUGAAGAAUGAUUUCAAUAACCAAAGAAAGUUGAGAAAGGGAGAAAUUUGCAUUUUUUUCUCCAUCCUUUAGUCCCACAUAAAGAAUACUGAAUUUAAGUGUAAAAGGAAUCUGGUUUCUCUCAGAAGUGAUUAACCUGGAGUUUGUGAACUUUUUUUCUUUGCAAUAUAUUUUGGUAACUGUAUUUCAAUAUAAUUAGCUUCCUUUGUAAUGCUAUGUAUUUUAUUUUAUGCCUUUAAAAGCAUUUUUCAGAGAAUGGGUCUAUAGGCUUCCCCAGAAUGCCCAAGGAGUUCUAGAUACAAAAAAUUGAUUUAUACACAGUGCCACCUGAAUACUGUAGACAUUUGAUUUUACUAUCAUUCAUAAUGGGUAUCAUUUUUAAAAAUAAUUAGUAGCUUGCAUUUUAAAGAUAUUUUACAGCCACUCUCUAGUUCUUUUUAAUUCCUCCUUAAGUCAUCUCUAUUAGAAUCCAUUGCCUUUUAAGGAGCAGGGAAACAAAGCUGCCAGAAGGGUCUGAGAUCACUGGGUGAAUCUGUGUCAAAGCUAAGGAUCAGCAACCCUACAGCCAUGUCACUAUUGCCUUACUGCAAUAAUUAAUACAGGAGGACCCUUUCAGUAUAGCUCAACCAGCAACAACUUUAUACUCUGUAAGAAAGGAUUCAAUUAAAGUGGACAGAAUAAUCCAUUCUUUCCAAGGUGGUCUUUCAGGAAUUCCAUUGAUGUGUUCAACAAAGGGCAGAAAACUAAGCAUUUUAAAAAGCUACAUAAGAUAAGUGCCAUUGAAAGGCUUAUCAUUUGGAGACGGGGUAAAUGAGAUGUUCAGGGAGGACCAGUACCUCUUGUGUAAGCUCUUUUUAGGGCUGCCUAUCCAUCUUUGGUGUCCACCUGCCACUCAACUCUUACCUGUGGCUCCAAGAAGCUGUAGUACAUGUAGCAGCCAUACCUUGGAAACCAUCACUGCAAAUAGACUAAACCAAGCUGAGGGUAAACAGCCUCAAAUAUGUCAGUGAGUGGGAGGGUUUGUCUACUCUAAGCACAUGAAAACUUUCCCAGAGCAAUAGAUGGAUAUGAAUAGUUCUUUCUAGUAGGCAAGACAAUCCCAUGAAUGGGAGAAGUUCAUAAGUAAAGGAGUAAGGAUAUUAGAAAAGGACCUUUCCUCAAUAAAUCAAACAGAAAAAGACUUGUCUCCAUUACAUAAAGGAGUUGUACGUAGCUCUAGGAUUCUUCUCACAAAGGGUCAAUGUGCGGCGCAAAUGAAAUUAUGUAGAACACUUUGCAAAUUUUACUUGUCAGUAGUUGUGUCAGGUAAGGGUGCAAUGGACAGUGCACUAGACCUGAAAUCAGGAGGACCUGAGUUCAAAUCUGGCCUUAGACACUAGCUGUGUGACUCUGGACAAGUCACUUAAUCCUAUUUAUAUCUGUUUCCUUAUCUGUAAAAUGAGCUAGACUGCAGCGGUUCUCAACCUCUCAAUUUGUAGCAAUGAGAAUACAUAAUGCAUAGCAGGUAUUUACAUUCCGAAUCAUAACUGUAGCAAAAUUACAGUUUUGAAGUAGCCACCAAAAUAAUUUUUUGGUUUGGGGUCACCACAACAUGAGGAAGUGUAUUGCGGGGUCACGGCAUUAGAAAGGUCGAGAACCGCUGAGCUAGAGAAUGAAAUGGCAAACCACUCCAGUAUCCAUGGUCAUACAGUUAGGAAGUGUCUGAAUUCAGAUUUGAACCCAGGACUUCCCAUCUCUAGGUCUGGCUCUCAAUCCACUGAGCCACCCAGCUGCCCCCUGUUUAGAUUAGAUUUUUUUUUAAUGACUUGGAAGUGCUUCAGUUUUAAAUGAUGCUUUUCUUCUUUUCCUCUUAGUGAAGAUGGUUUCUGCAAGAGAUGUGGCAAGAGCCAUUGUGGUCUUAUAUGUAAUUGGCUUCUUUACAAAUGCUGAUGGAAAAUCAGUUAAGAAGAGAGUGGUGAGUGAAAUACAGCUGAUGCAUGACCGAGGAGAGAACAUGGUCCUGGAAAACAGAUUGGAAUGGCUGAGAAAGAAGCUUGAGGAUGUGCAUACUGCCCACCAUGGGAUCCUCAGAGCCCUUGUGGCUCCCGCAGAAGUCCAGCUCCGAAAGAGAGCAGAUAGCAUCCUGGAUGCCAACGAGGAUCACCAGCUAGCUCCAGGAGAGAAGACACUUGGGGAGAAGGACAAGGCUGAUGUGGACAUACUGUCCAAAGUCAAUCCCUAGAGAGAAGAGAAUCAGUGAGAGGCUGGGUCACUGUGGCACAGGACCCGGUGUCACAGCUGUCCAUGCUGCUGAUUGUCCAGGCUUUGUUGAAAUUACCAAGAUCCAUUGGUUGUCCCAGCCCCUAACCAUCUGCAAAUGAUGAUCCUUGCAAUUGGUUUAUUUUACUGCAUUGUUUAAACCUUAUCUUUAUUCAUUUGAAGAGCACUUUUGAUUAUCCUAUUUCUAUUAAUAAUUCUUUUGAAUGUAUGUUUGUGCACAACUUAUAACGGAAUAAAAUUGCACUUUCAAACCUCUCUUCCACUUCACAAUGCCAAAUAAAAUCAUACAAGAAUAAUGUCAAA